ACGCCGGGUGGUGCAGGCUGGGGGGAAACCCGGGCCCCCCGCCCUCUCUGGGUGCCGAAGGGAACGGAGGCUGCGCUGCAGGCUGCGGAUCGACCCGGGGAGAGGCCUCGUCGCGAGGGGAAACGGCUUCUCCGAGUCGCGACUGCGACUGGGGGGAUAUACCCCUCUUCAAUCUCGAUACAGCAAGCACCCCCCCACACACACACACAGUUUCUCACCUUGGGGAGAGCGACGCCCCUUGUCGUGGUGAAUCGUUUGAUGUAAAAGACUUGACUCCAUAACCUACAUCUGCCCUAAUGCUGUCAUCCGGAGUAGAGACUCAGCCAGUCCCACCUGAUUCCUCCAUGUCUGCCGUGGCACAGGAAUUAUAUUCUGAACUCCCUGUAAGUGUCUCCAAAGAGCUUCACGCUGACUCUGAGCCAAGUGUGAUCCCAGAUAUAAAAGCUGGAGCCUCAAGCGCUCUUGUAAGUCAGGGUAGGGCAGUGCCCUCGGAGCUGCAGAGGACUCCUGUGGAAUGUUGUGAAGAAACCUCGGAGACUGUGGACCGUGGGGGUGAGCCUGGGAGGUGUGGGCUGGUGGACUCCACAGCAGGAGGGUCUGAGGCUUCUGAGAUCUCGGAUAGGGAAGAGAAGACCAGGAGCAUGGAGCUAAAGGUCCUCAGAGAUAAAGGGGACCAGGCGGAAAUUGUAAGAGUGCCCUGUGAGGGAACCAAGGAAGACCCAUGUCAGACUCAUUCCACAGCCGCCGGAGAGGAGGUCAGCCAGAGUCAGGAGGCCCUCCUGAUGCAGUCGGCCCAAGACCUUUCAUGCACGGACCUCCCUGAAGACUGUCUGAGGAGCCACGAAGGGAAUGUACAAAUUACAACUGGAACUCUGUUAAAAUCUACUGAAGAGGUACAAGGUAUGAAGGUCAAUGGGACUAAGGCCGAUAAUAAUGAAGGACACAAGAAUGGCAAUGUGAGUAAAUGUCUCUCAGCUGGGUGCAGCGAAUACCCAGAAGUAGACAAAAUCAUAACCAGUGGUGAGGUUUCAGAAAGCAGCACAUUAGUUUCCCUAGAGCCUUUAACCUUUGUGGACCCUGGAUUAACAGAAGCAACUCCUACAGAAAAAGAAUGUGAAGAAUUAAAAACUUGUCCUUCUUGGUUGUCAUUCUUACCAGGGAACAGUGCCAUUUCCAAAGUGGACAGUGGGAAGGAGGAGUUGUGUAAAUUAAACCUUGUCUGUGGUGCAGAUGACAAUCACCAACAGAUUCUUGGCCACCAUCAUGAAAAACACAGUUCCACACCUGGCAGUUCCAAAGCCAUGGGAAGUGUGGUGGUUUUAGAACCUUUAGAAGAAAAUACUGAAGUUUCAUUUUUCACAUCAAGUUUAUCUGCUCCAGAAUCCAGAACAGCGUCCUUAGAAAAAUGUGGUUUUGAUGGCGAUAACUUGCUGAAGAGACCUGCUAAAAAGACAGGUAGUCCCCAUCUUGAUGGGGAUGAUCAAAGCAAGAACUUGGCUUCUAGAGAAGAAAAUGAACAACAGUUUUUGAACCCCAGGACUGAAGGAGGGGGACUCUUUCUUGGUAAUGCCAGGCUACCAGAAGAGGAUGCUAGUCGUCAUUGUUCUGGUGAAGAGGAGACUGUUGCCUCCCCAAAAGAAAAUACCCAAGAUCACUGUUGCGGUCAAGGCAGUAGCCAGACAGGCAGCUCUGAUUCUGUAGCGCUUGAUGCAUUUACUGAAGACACAGAAAUAAUGUUUAAAAAAAAUGAUUUGAAAAUCACUUUAGACGUUCAAAGUAGCUUAACAAACUAUGAGGACCAUAAAGAAACUUUUGCUAAUAUGAACCAUCCAAACAGACACUCUGAAGAGAGCAAUUUUUCCUCCUUAAUGCAGGUGGAGGAGCCAGAACAGACAACCACUGUAGAGCCCAAUAUGUUCAGUGAGAAGAUUUGUAGUAAAGACUCCUUAGUCAGCAUCCAGAGAAAUCUGGAAAGUGACUCUCAGCUAAAUGAAUCAUCACAUAAUGAAUUUCUUAUUGAAAGAAAAUCCCUUGCAGGUUUAACACCAGAGGACCAGUUAAGUCCUAUAAAUGAGGUAUCAAAACCCAAGAAAGAAAAUACUCAGUUACCACCCUCCCUAGAACUUGAUCACAGACCUGAGUCAGAAAAAGCUGUACAGACCUCACAGGAUGGUAGUCCGCACUUAGAUGAACAGAGCAUUGCCUGUGAGAUGACCGAACUCCCUUGGACUGAUCAACCAGUUGUAAGCAAAGUAGAAAGUGAAUGUGUUUUAAAUCAAGUGUCCCUUAAUUCUCGAGACUGCUCGAAGUUGCCAACUGACAAAGAAAUGCCUUUAGCAACAAGCAAGGAUUCUCAUAAGACCCAUCACCCUCCGCUAGAGGAUGGAGCAGAUAUCAUUGCUGGCACCCGAACCAUUCCCAGGGAGACAAAAAGGAAAGACAUCUGUCUAUCAGGUGAUAAAGCCUGUGGUGCCUCUUCAAACAAUUCUACCUUAAACAUCAAAUCAGGAAGCCUAGAAAGAAAAAACGAAGUGGCAGAUUCAGGAACAGAAGAUCUACAUUCCAGACCUGUCUCCAGUAGGAAAGCAGCAGCAGGCUUGUCUCAGGAGAUCUCUGCUAUGGAAUGUCCAAGUGUUCAAUCUCAGGGUCUCUCUGGCUGUCCCUGUGCAAAAGAAAACAUGCCAGGAACAAGCAUGUGUUCUCUCUGUGCUGCUGCUGGGUCCAGCACAGUCAUCCUGGAAGCUGAAAACUCUUUGAUAACCAAGUGUGUGAAUGCAUUUCAGCAGGACGAUCACCAUUCUCUAGGAAGAGGAGACCCCGUAGAAAGUAGCUCUGAUAAAGUGAGCUGUACAUUGGAGGAAUGUGAACUUAAUGGGAGAGAAACUGAAGGCAGCCCUGCAGGAGGUAAGGUCAGAAACAAAACAACAGCAAGUAUGUUAAGUAGGGAGGCUUCAAACAAAAACAUUCCCACCACCAGUCACGUCCAACCCAGUGAGGAAGGGUCACAAAGAAAGGAACGGGAUAUGCCCAGAGAGUCUGUGUUUUGUGAGGCUGACGUCUCUAACUGUACCGCACAAGAACCAAACCUAUCUGCAAACAUUCCAACUGAAAAAUCGCCGAACCAGUCUCCUACUAGUAUGUUCUCCAGUUUUAAAAACAUGAACCAAGCAGUUGAAACUCUUGGUCAGAAGGCAGAUAAAGUCCUUGACUGUCAGAGCUACCAAAACAGACCAGAUGAACACAGAAGGGAAGAGAAAGCAGCUAAGGAAACAGUGGGUGGUGAUCAGAGAGAGACUGUCACAGAGCCUCACAGAGAGCUGAGCCACAACCCAAAGGAUCUGUUCAUCAGUUCAGGCAAUAACUCACCGCCUGGCGAUAGUUCAAAGAAAGGCAAUUUGAAAAGAGCCUUUGAAAGUAUUUCUGGUUGUGAGGCGUCCCCAGAUGGCAGGCUAGACCUCAUGUGCGCAGACUGCAGUAAUAGACCUAAGGAUGGUGUGCCGGAUGUAAGAGCAUCUGGCACACUUGAUCAUGGUGCCGAGCGAGGUAGGCUGGCAUCACAGGCAACCGCGGUGAGCACCACCCCGACUCAGAACAGAGAACCGAACGCUGCCUUUGUAGGGAUGAUCGACCAGGAUUCAGAUUUCCCAGAUGCUGCUGCUUCUACAGCGGAAUCUCUUGAAAUAAAAAAAUCACGUGAGGAGAAAGUACGCAGAUCCUUAAAAGACUGUGAAAUGGAAGUGUGUCCAGACUCCAGUACCCAUGAGAUAGAGUCUGUUGCAGUUCAUGAGCCAAAUGCAAAAAUAUUGGAUGGAAUAAAUGUGUCUUUAAAUCGUAUUCAUCAUGCACAGCGCAUUAAAGAAGCGGCUCCUAGAGAAAUGCAGGGAAUGAUUGAAGGGCUGAGACAAGAAAUAAAUUCUGAGUUUGACGGGGAAAAUACCUUUGGAAUUUGCUCGAAAGAGUUGAUGUCUUCUAGAUGCCAAGUUGACAGCUCUGUUCCCUUAGGGAGCCUGAAAUCCGUUGAGAUAAUGCCUUUGAGUCCAUCUCCUAAAAAAAAUUCAGGAACUAAUAUGAAUAGUGAAGAGCCUCACCUGAAAAAUUUUCUUGGACCAAAAGAUGGUGAGAUGCUUUGUGAACAUGUAAAGGACUGCACAAUACUGCCUCAGGCGAAGGAAGGAGCACCAGGGGGUAUGAGUGACCCUAGUGAAGGAAGCAGCCGAGACACCAGGGUGAACAAUCUGCCUCUGACAAUGGAAGCCAAAACUAAAGCAGGAGAAGAAACCAGGGAACACCAGAGGGGACCGCUGGGCCACUUAACUGUUGGGGAGGAGUCUGAGAUGGUUCCUGGAGAGGAUGGUCAUGCUGAUAAUGUGAGUGAGAUUUCCCAGCCCCACUCUACGUCCCAGAGGAGGCUUGGUGAUGCCGAAGGACACCAGAGCCAGAGGGUUGAGGACUACGUGUUGGAGAAGGAAAAGGAAUAUACACAUCAGAAAGAGGCACAUGUAAUAUUGGAACGAUGCCCAUCAUCUAUCAGGUUACCAGAUGAGGUGCAAGAUAAGAACCAACCGAAGGAUUACAGAGAUCUGUCCGCCAUGAUGAAAGACAUCCCCCUAGCAAAGAUGGCCAGGCGUGACAUUGCUGCACAGUUUCAGAAAUGGAGAGAUCCAAAAGAGGAAAGCUCGUGUCAUCCCUUAAAAAGGGACCUUGAGUUGCACAUAGGUCCUUGGCCUAGUGGUGUUCCCCAGACAGCACAAGGCCCCAGCUCUGCUGAGGGUGACAAACUUCACGGUGCCUUUGGGAACACUUCACACCAGAGAGGAGUACUUCCCUUAAAAAAGCAGCCCCGUAGAACAUGCAAGAAAGUUUCCUGUCAGGAGCAAGUCAAUAUGGGGAGAAAAAUGAGUAAAAUCAGAAGUUCUGCCUUUUUAAAGAGUUCCUCUGAAGCCAUCCCUACAAAAGCACACCGAUUUCUCAGCUCGCGUGCUGUGUCUGCACCUACAUGCCUGGAACCUGAAACAGUAACUGCCAAGAGCUUAGUGAGCCCCAUACCAAAGCAGGAGGCAACUCUGUGCCAUCCCUGGAGCAGCCUGAAUGUUAGGAAGCCUACCAAAGACUCAGCCUUACUGAACAAGCUGUCCGUCCUUGCCUCCAAACUGGCCCCAGCCUCAAAGACCCAGAAACCAAGAUACCGGCAGCGUUCCUCCGCACUUCUUCCAGUGGCUAAAAGCUACAAGCUGCUCAGAUAUAAAAGGCUCCUGGACGGGUUUUCAUACAAUACACUGCAGCUGAAUCCACACUUGGCAGCUAGCAGAUGGGAUACGAGGCCUAACAGUAAGCCCUUGACACUUUAUUCACUCGAAGCCAUCAAAACGCGCUUCCUAGAUUUGAGUAACAACAUGCCGUCACUGCUGUUUGAUUCCAAAAUCUUUCCGGUGUCCUUUGACAUGAAGUCGGCCUCCGAGUGCAUGUCCGAGUACCCCAGAACUUUUCCUGAGCACUGUGCUCCAGCAAGGCUAGCCUUAGGAGAGCCCCCCCGGUGCCUGUCUCAACCUCCCAAGUGGACCUUCUCUUUCUUCUUAUCCCACGGUUGCCCGGGGAUGGCCACAUUCAGGGAAGACAGUGGCCUCCAUGGUCAGGCACAUGCCCAGGCUCCCCCACAGCCUCCAGUUCCUCUCCGAGACUUUGGAGGCUCCGCCAUGGUCCAGACCAGAGCAGGGUGCUCUGUCCUUGGCCUUCACACGCUCCUAGCACUUUGUUCCCCUGGAUGUUACCGAAUCUGGACAAAAAAACGGAGUUUCUCCAGCCACAUGCCUACCAUGCAGAGGCUCUUCAUGACCCAGUUUACACAGGGCUUGAAAGGGUUAAGGUCUCCAGCCUCCACAGCAGACAAGGUCUUCUGUUCUCUGCCCUACUCGGUGGGCCGAGUGCUGUCCAUUUGGAGCCAGCAUGGGCCUUCUGCCUGCCCCUUCGACAUCUCUGCUCUUCAUUCCACCCACAGCAAGCGGCAGCCAACUCUGGGCUCCACGAGCAGCCGCCCCGCGUUACCGUAUGUGCCUCUUCCAGGCUUGGAAGCUACGUACAACACCAGCGGCAGUCAGAUGAGGCUAGAGCCUCCAUUCCCUGCCUUGGUACCAAAGUCUUGCUUGGUAACAGACUCAGCUGUCAGCAAGCUCCUGCUUUCAGCCUCUGAGUUCCAGGCUCCUGGAUUUGAUGAGCUGGAUGGUGUGACCGCAGUGUGCCCCCAUCCACAGAGCAGCCCUCCAGAACAGAAAGAGGCUGAGCCCAAGAAGAGGCCAAAGAAAGUCUCACAGAUUCGCAUCCGGAAAACCAUUCCUAAGCCAGAUCCUAAUCUUACCCCCAUGGGCCUUCCUCGACCCAAAAGGUUAAAGAAAAAGGAAUUUAGUUUAGAAGAAAUAUAUACCAAUAAGAAUUAUAAGUCUCCUCCUGCAAACAGAUGUCUGGAAACCAUUUUCGAGGAACCCAAGGAGCGAAAUGGCGCGCUCAUCUCUAUCAGUCACCAGAAGAGGAAGCGAGUUCUAGAAUUCCAGGAUUUCACGGCCCCACGAAAGAGGAGAGCUCGUGGUAAGGUCAAGGUGGCAGGCAGCUUUACCAGGGCCCGGAAGGCGGCCCUGCAGAGUCGAGAGCUGGAUGCUCUUUUGAUACAGAAACUAAUGGAACUGGAGACCUUCUUCGCCGAGCAGGAGGAGCAGGGGUGAUCGUCCGGUCGCGGAGAAGCAGCUUGGUUUGGGCGUCCCGAGCCUAGAUUUUCCCGGCCUCCUUGGAGGAGGCCACCUAAUUUUCCCUACCGCCCAAACCACUCGAAAUGCAGUCCAUGGAUUUUUACCUAUUUCAAGGUGCAGCCUUUUUAGAAACUGGUGAAGGAGGGUCCGCUACUUCUACUGCUGAGUAUAGAACCUCAGGAAUGCCCCCUUUCUCCCAGAAAUGGUCCUGAAUGACGUCUGGCCUCCUCCCACUCUCUGCCAUCCACAGGGGGAGGACACAGCUUCCUUCGGUAACACUAGGAUCCCAAGGACUCACAGCAUUUGCACGUCCAUGUGAAAGUUCCAUGUUGUUUACGGUGGUGCUAGACCAAGAUUAGAGAUGUGGCCUCGGGAAGGGGGGCCCGGCGCCCCAUCCUGCACGGUCUCACUGGCUCGUUUCAGUAGUUGGGGAAAGAUGAGCUGUCAUGUUUUCUAAUCCUUUGAGUCCAUCUGCCUAGAACUGGGUGUGUGUGUGUGUCUGUGUGUGUGCGUGCACGCAGGCGUGUGUGUGUGUGUGUCUGUGUGUGUGGCUUUUUCCCUUCAUUUUCUCUGCACUGUGACAGUGGGUCUCUGGUGCCAGAGGAGCCCACCCAGGCCCCAUUCAAAGUAAGUUGCACUUUUUAAUAUUGUGAUGUUAAUUUCAUUUAUUUCAUUUCCUUUUUUUUUUUUUUUUGUAUUAUUGCUGCAUGUUUGGAGCCUUUAAAUGUGAUUUUAAAACUUUUGUUUUAAGACAUCAAGGAGAAGGACAAUAGAUGUCUGUAGAAUGUAUGAUAGGCAUUUGACCCAGUUUAUCAGCGCGUGGCGUGGGAUAACAGAGAGACUUUUUCCCACUCACACGUGUUUCAAGCAGCCCCUUCCCCAUCUCCAGUGUCUAGUGUAACUCAUCAGAGGAGGCAAUUUUUCAUCCAGGUUCUCAUUCUUGCCCACUAAGUAGAUGUGUUUAUUUUAAUGAUGGAAGUAAGAACAGGUUUCUCUCCCAAUCAUUCAAAAAACAUGAAGGUUGGGUGUAUCCGUAAUGGGUUUUAUCCGAAGUGGUGGCAUGUAGCAUAGUUGGGUACAGCAGCUCAGUGGUUGUAAAAGCUAACCCAGAGCGUUUGCAGCAAUCAGAGCAACCUGCUCCCCAGACUGGGGAAGAGAGAGGGAGUACGGGGAGGGGAGCAGAGAGGAGACCAGCUGUGGUUCAGACUCAAGAUAAGUUCUUACAGUGGGAUCACGGGAUUCCAUGGCUAGCCCUCUCUGGGGGCACCUCAUUGUACUCUGGACUCCUGUGUCAGACCUCCUGGAAAUCUUGUCGAGUGCCAGAGUCAGCUGAGUCUCUUCUUUUGUGCCUGUAGGAGUCUGUGGGUGGAAGGGUGCUGGGUGGUCAGCAGGCCCAGAGGUUUCAUUCCUUUCCCACUUAAUUCUCAUGUGCCCUCGCCUGCUUCCCCUUCUCUCCUUCCCUUGUGCUUCAUCCUUUUUUCCUCUCUCUCUCUCAAAACAAGCAUUCAGAGAAUUAACAUUCCUUGGCUGGUGAGUGGAUGCUAAAGCCAGCCUCAGGACACUGGUCACCUCUUCCCAUCCUCAUAGGAGCCACUGCUAGGAAGCAGCUGCUGAUGGGAACUGUCAAAACUCCAGAGACAUUUUCAAAGUCAGUCCGUUAGAGAAGAGUUGACAGUCUAUGCCACACUGGAGCAGAAAAACCGACAACGAGCAAGAAAAAAAAGUGCCACAUCUGUCUUCUAGGCCCACUGCCUCAGACAUAGCAUUUAGGAGCUCCUGCUGGACAGCUUGCAAACUCCCAGUGAGUCAACAGAGCCCCGUUUGUCAGCUCCAUUGCCAGUGUAGACGAGUCAGCGAUGUGGCAGCCGGGUCAUCUAGCAGACUGAAGUUGAGGUGGGCACAGCUGUGAUGUCACCAACAGUACAGAGAUGCAAUUUCAAGUUUGCCUGUGCAGGCCUGGCACUCACAGAGCCAGGCACAGUGAUGGGGCGGGAACACUGGCGUCUGGGAAGGGCGGAUUGAAGGAAAUGGAGGCCUGGGCUCUUCCUUAUCCUGGGAAGUAGGAGGGACUGCCCGAGGCCAGCCCUGCCUGUCCUUGAACUCCUUGCCCUGCCCUCCAGCACGGGUCCUUCCCCCAGGCAAGCUUGAGAUUGCUCACCUGAAGUGGAUGCAUCCGCUUCUAGCCGCUCGGCACGCCUCUGUUAACAUGCGUUUUCGCCAUUGGCCAGCCAGCUGCAGCGCUGUCUGUGGUCCUCGGAGCCUGUGGUGCCCGCCCACGAUGGGAGACGUUAGUUGCUGCUGGCACGCCACCUGCCCAGAUCUACAGGAGGUCUGCUUCUGGGGUGGCGUUGGUACAACUUCCGAGUAUGGGGACUUCCUGCCCCAAGUGGUGGGGAGUUAUAGUUAUUACGACUUAACGCAACUAUAACUCAACUCCAGAGGUUUAGUGUUUUAACAUGGGAAAGAGAGGAGAAAUCUCAGGUCCAGUUAGAGUUCUGCCCAUCAGCUUUUCACUGAAACUUUCAGCUGUGUUUUUUUAUCUUUUAGUUUAUAGCUGUAUUUGACCCCACCCACACCCACCCCGUCUGCCUGCCCCUCUUUGAUAUUCUUUCCAACUUCAUUUCUCCAUGAGUUUAAAUGUACCUCAUCACCUGUUAAAACAGAUCAUGUCCACUUCUCACUGCCCUUACUCUAAGAGCUGCAGCUGAGGGAGGUACAGUGAAAGACAUGUAGCGUUUGCCUUACUCAGAGCCUGAAGAGCUCGGAAACCCACGCUGUGAAUCCCAAAACUUAGCAUUCCUCGAAGAGCUAUGAAAAUCCUGACACUUUGUCACAGUAUUGCCUGAAAGGGUCUUUUGUGCGGGUGCCAGAGCCAACUUGAGGUGAACUGCAGGUCCUCCCCUCUGGGCACGAUCCUCCCCUCACGGCUCAUCCCCUGCCCACAAGGCCCAGAGCUGCACAGGGAGCGCAGGUCGGAGGCAGCAGACCCAGGGCUUUGGUGCAGCCUGAUGCCGCACAGGGCCUGCGCCCCGCCUCCAGGCUGGGAUUCCAUCUCACAAUCAGUACCAUGUGCAUUCAGAUCCAUGAAAAACCAACUUCUAGGCGGUGGUGUUUUUCUCCCAAAACCCCGGGGAGGAAGUAUGCAGUUGGUGCUUUCUUUGAUUCCCUGUUCUGUUUUGUUUCCAUAAGCUUUUCCCCUAGUAUCAAGAAAAGGACUUCUUACCCACGCAUUGUGGGUGGCUGUAUCCAAAGUCUAAGUAAUUGGCCAGAGGUGCGGACUCCCCUCUUCUGGAUCCCUCGAGGGAAGGGCUCCCUACCACAGCUGAACUUCUCACGUAAAAAGCUGGCUGGGGAGGAAGGUUUCAUUUUACUGAAAUCAAAGUUAAUAUUAUCAUCCAGCCACAAACUGAGCGGCAAAGGCUGUUUUGAUUAUAAAGGGAGGGUCCCCGUGUCACCUGCCGUCCAGCACAGCGUCCUCUCAGAUUCAAUGCUGGUUCAUUGUGUGUCUUCACAAGCCCCUCUCUGGUGCUGAAGUGGAUUUGAAUUCUUGGCGAGAGGCCUCAGCAUCUCAGCAUCUCUUUGGGCUGGUCUGGGCCAGUAAAUAGCUGCCUGAAGUGUUUAUAUAUUAUCCUGGUCAAUAGUUCGGUGAAAUUUGUACAUUUUUGGUAACAUUGGCAUACACGAUGCCCCUGCAGCUCCUUUUCUGUUUGGUAGUUUGUGACUCUACAAUGCCCACUGUUAUGUGUGUUAAUUUAUGAAAAUGAAAAUAAAAUCUUUUUUUUGGAAAACCUUUCAAA